AUGGCUACAAGCGGGACAAAGGACGGCGAUUAUCGCCGGUUCCUCCCGGACCUGAGCCACCCUCGCUUCACGACAAUGCAGAAGCAGGAUGCGCACGAAUACGCCAAAGAAUUCAUCCAAGGGGGUAACCCACCAUGGCUCCACGGGCUGUACCUGCACUGGCGCGCCCUCUUCCAAGAGCCCUUCCGCGGCGUCACCUCCGACGGCACGGUCCGCAAGGGCUUGUUCAAGCCGCAAGACGAAGGCGUUCCGAUACAAGACAUCACCGCCGCGGCCGAAGCAGUCCUGGCCCAGCUCACGCCAGAGCAGGCCGCCAUCACCAGCUACCACAUCGACUCGCCCGAGUGGCGGUCCUGGUCCAACCCGGAGUUCCUACUCAGCGAUAAGGGCCUCCGGCUGGACGAGCUCACACCCGAGCUGCGUGACAGCAUCCUCCUCGUGCUGGAAAGAACGCUCAGCCCGGAGGGAUACCAAAAGGCACUCGGCGCCAUGCGCAUCAACGGCUUCCUGGGGGAGCUGGUGCGCGCCCCGAGGAUCUGCAACGAGCACUCGUACAACUUCGUCCUGUUCGGGAAGCCCUCCACCACCUCGCCCUGGGGCUUUUCCUUCUACGGCCACCACCUCUGCCUCAACGUGCUCCUGCACCGGACCCAAAUCGUAAUCUCGCCCUGGUUCACAGGCGCCGAGCCCAACGUCAUCGACGACGGACCGCACGCCGGAACCCGCAUCCUCCAGGCCGAGGAGAAGCUCGGGCUCGAGCUGAUGCAGUCGCUGCCGCCGCAGACGCAGCAGGCCGCGCAGGUCUACAAGCUCCUCCGCGACCCGGCCAUGCCGCGCGGGCGCUGGAACCACGACGACCAGCGCCACCUGUGCGGCGCGUACCGCGACAACCGCGUCGUGCCGUACGAGGGCGUCGUCGUGGCCGACAUGACGGCGGCGCAGCAGGAUCUCGUCGCUGCGGUCGUGAAGCAGUUUCUGCUGUACCUGCCCGCGAGGGCGAGGGAGUUGCGCAUGGCGCAGGUGAGGGCGUGGUUUGGCGAGACGUACUUUUGCUGGAUUGGUGGGUUUGGCGAUGAGGAUCCGUUUUAUUAUAGGCUGCAGAGCCCGGUGAUUAUUGUCGAGUUUGAUCACCACUCGUGUGUGUUCCUUACAAAUAGGGAGCCGGCCAAGUUUCACAUCCAUACGUUGCUGAGGACGCCGAACGGAGGGGAUUAUGGUAUGGCCCUGAGACCGUUGUUGGAAGGGAGGGAGCAGGGGUACGUGUGGGACGGGGAGAUUCCACAUUCAUAG